UUCCCCCCCUUUCUCCUCCAGGUAACGCAGAUGACCUUCGCACGCACCUUGGGCCUACAGAGGAUGCUCUGGCCAAUUUCUAUGGCUCUUUUGGCCUCUUGCGUGCAGACAGCCAUGGGAGCGGAUGGAGGCUUGAAGGUCCAAGUGACCCAGAAGGGGCUGAAUUAUGUAAAGGAACUUGGAAUCGAGAUGUUGAAGUCAGCGCUGAAGAAGGAAACGUUCCACGACAUAAAUGGUUCUUACACUGUUCCGCUUGCUGGGAAAGUGCAGUAUUCUGUUUCUGGGAUCCAGGUCACCGAAUUCCAGGUGAACCAGGCAGGCGCUGAGUUUGCUGCUGGGACGGGUGUCGACCUUUCCGUCCAAGAUGCCAACGUCUUGAUGAGUGGUAACUGGACGUUGGCAUCCUUUUUAGGAGAUGACAGCGGGACUGUUGACAUCAGCAUCGACCGGCUCACCAUCUCUACUGUCAUGGGAGUGGACAGGGGCGAUGAAGGACGGCUUCGGGUGUGGUAUGAAAGCUGCCGUUCUGCCAUGGGGGACUUCAAAUUGAAAUUCUACGGGGGAACCAGCUGGCUGUACAACAUUGCAGCAUCUGCUCUCAGAGACAUGCUGAAGUCAGAAGUCAAUCAACAACUCUGUUCAGAGGUCAAGAAAGGAAUCGGCAAGAUUGCAGAAAUCCUGAAAACCAUGAAUGUCUCGGCCCAAUUGGACCCCAUUGCAGGGAUAGACUAUUCCUUGGUGGAGAAGCCCGUGAUUGAUGUGGAUCGAUGCAAUGUGGACCUGAAGGGUCAGUUCUACACGGUGGGAAAGACCCUCCACGACGGCCCCUUCCACCCUGCCCCCUUCCUCUUACCCAACCAGACAGACUCCAUGAUCCUCCUGGGUAUCUCUGAACUCGUCGCCAACUCAGCUGCCUUUGUGUACUACACUGCAGGGGCGCUCAGGGUGAACUACACAGAUGCCAUGGACAUGUCAGGAAUUUUCCCGACGUACGGCAAGCCGAUCCUUGCCUGA